UAUUUGAAACUGAUAUAGAUUUGAAAAAUAUUGAUGAUGUUUUUGAAAAAAUAGAUAAAGGUGAAAUAUUAGAAAUCAAUGAGAAAAAAAUUGAUUCUACAAUUAAUCAACAUCAAAAAUUAAAUCUUAACAAUUCUUUAGAUACUUAUGAAAUGUUAAAAAAAGUUAAAUAUCAUUUAUAUAAAGCAAUAAAAAUUUAUUGGCAUACUAAAGAAGGAGAUGCAUUAAUAUUAACGAUACUUAAUCCUAGAAUUAAAUCCCUUACUUUUAUUAAUAAUUAA